ACCAACAAGCGCUAGCUCCACAACACCACCCAUCGAGCUGAUUCCUCCAGCCAAACCACUGGUUAUUAGCUUCUUCUUGCUUCAACCCACAGCCAGCUCAAGUGCAAUUAAUCACCCGUCUGGUGCAGUGCUGCUACGCCGAUGGCCGGCACGAUGCUACCGCCGCCGAGGCCACUGCUGGCCGCCGCCGGUGCGCUCUCCUUCUGCUUGUGCAGCUCGCUGCUGCUGGCGGUGGCCGAUGCCAGGGUGCACAACUACACGUGGGACAUCUCGUACCAGUACAAGUCCCCCGACUGCUUCGAGAAGCUCGCCGUGACCGUCAACGGCGAGGCGCCCGGCCCGACCAUCCGCGCCACGCAGGGCGACACCAUCGUCGUCAACGUCCACAACAAGCUCGAGACCGAGAACACCGCCAUCCACUGGCACGGCAUCCGCCAGAUUGACACGCCGUGGGCUGACGGCGUCGCCGGCGUCACGCAGUGCCCCAUCCUUCCCGGCGAAACCUUCGCCUACAAAUUCGUCGUCGACAGGCCUGGCACGUACCUGUACCAUGCGCACUACGGGAUGCAGCGCGUGGCGGGGCUCAACGGCAUGAUCGUGGUCAAGGUGCCGGACGGCAUCGUGGAGCCCUUUUCUUACGACGAGGAGCACACCGUCCUCCUCGGUGACUGGUGGCACAAGAGCGUCUACGAGCAGGCCACGGGCCUCACCGAGACCCCCUUCGUCUUCGUCACCGCGCCCCAGUCUCUGCUCAUCAAUGGCAGAGGAACGUUCGACUGCUCGCUCGCCCCAAGCGGAACAUGCAACGCCUCAAGUCCGGACUGCGGGCUGCGGCCUUUGUUCACCGCCGUGCCGGGGAAGACAUACCUCCUCCGCAUCGGCAGCCUCACCUCGCUCUCGUCGCUGAGCUUCGAGAUUGAGGGCCAUUCCAUGACGGUGGUGGAAGCCGAUGGGUACUACGUGAGGCCGUUCGUCGUGAAGAACCUAUUCAUCUACUCCGGAGAGACGUACUCCGUGCUGGUCAAGGCCGACCAAGACCCACGACGAAACUACUGGGCUGCCUCCCACGUCGUUGGUCGCAACGCUAGCCAGACACCGAGCGGCAAGGCCAUCGUGAGCUACGCCUUCAAGGGCAACAACCCGUGGAUUCCUCCGCCCACGGCGCCACCGGCUGGCCCGGCAUGGAAUAACACGGUGAUCAGGGUGCAGCAGAGCAGGGCCAUCUUCGCGCACCCACGCUUCGUCGAGCCCAUGCCGGCGGGGGCCGACCGUACGCUGCUCCUCCUCAACACACAGAACCGGAUUGAUGGCCACAUCAAGUGGACCAUCAAUGGCGUGUCCCUCAUUUUCCCGGCGACGCCGUACCUCGUGGCGAUGAAGCGUGGCAUGACAACCGCAUACGACCAACGCCCGCCGUCGGACACGUACGACCAUAUGAGCUAUGACAUAUCGGCGCCGGCGCCGACGAACGGGACCGUGCGCAGCCCGGUGUACCGGCUUGCGCUAGGCUCCGUGGUCGACGUGGUGCUGCAGAACUCCAACAUGCUUAACAACAAGAGCGAGACGCACCCAUGGCACCUCCAUGGCCAUGACUUCUGGGUGCUCGGCUAUGGAGAAGGCAAGUUCAACCCUGCCGCGGACGCCUGGAGACUGCUCAACGUCAGAGACCCAAUCAUGAAGAACACGGUGCCACUGCACAAUGAUGGGUGGACAGCGGUGCGGUUCAGGGCAGACAACCCGGGGGUGUGGUUAUUCCACUGCCAUAUCGAAGCGCAUGUGUUCAUGGGCAUGGGUGUGGUCUUCGAGGAGGGCAUCGAGAGGGUUGGCAAGUUACCGCCAUCCAUCAUGGGGUGUGGACAAUCUAAGGGACUUCAUUGAUUGGGUGCAACUUAUGAUGACUUUUAUACAAAAAAAGAUCAAUUUUACUUGUAUGUGAUACCCUCGUGUUAGAAAU